AGAAUGGCACAGAAGAAGUAUUUAGUAGCAAAACUGACAAGUUGCCUGAGAGAGGACAAAAUUCAGCUAUGGAAACCACCAUAUACAAGUGAAAACAAAGAAGCUGGUAGAGAGAUGAAGGAGCUUGUACAAAAAUAUUCAUCCAAGCUGAGUAUCAAUGAGAACGAUACAGAGAAUAUGCUUGAAGAAAUACGGUGUAAAGCAAUUGAGCGUGGAACUGGAAAUGAACAUUUUAGGGUGACUGGAAUUGCAAGACUUGAUAUCUACCUGCCUCGUAGAAAAAGCAGAAAAGUCCCACUGGAAACUAACCUGUUCAUCACAGGCAAGGAGCUCAGAUCACAGAUAGCACAGGAACAUGCAUUACAAGAAAAUACUAUCAAAAUAAUCAUAAAUAAGAAGCAGCUUGACCUGGGCAGAACCCUUGAAGACCAGGGCAUAACACACAAUGCAAAAGUGAUGGUACUUCAGCUGGAACAGAGUGAUGAGGAAACUAAAAGAAAAGUUCAGGAAGAAGAACUUCAACACAAGAAAGAAAAAGAAAUAAAUGAAAAGAUGCAAAGAACUAAGAAGGGUUUGGAAAUUCUAGCAGAGAGAGAGGAAUACUUGGAUCCAGAUUCUGUUCCAUACCUAGAUAUAGCUAACCAAACAGGAAGGUCAAUCGAGAUUCCUCCUCAAGCUAAAAAAGCACUUGUGCUGGCAAUGGGUUACCAUGAGAAGGGCAGGGCAUUAAUGAAGAAGAAAGAAUAUGAAAUAGCACUGCCGUAUUUGUUGGAUGCUGAUAAACACUUCUGUGAGUGUAGCACAGAACUGCUGAAUACCGUUGAUAACUAUGCAGUACUGCAGCUGGAUAUAGUGUGGUGCUACUUCCGUCUGGAGCAGCUGGACUGCCUGGAUGAUGCAGAGAAAAAGCUGUCCACAGCACAUAGAUGCUUCCAGCGGUGCUACGGGGAGAACCAUGAAAGACUUAUUGAUAUCAAAGGAAGCUAUGGUCGUGAGAAGGUUUUAUUUCUACGACUUUACCUCCUUCAAGGGAUAGGACACUAUCACAGUGGCAGAGAAAAAGAGGCUGCCGAGUAUAUUCAGAAGGCAUCUUGUUUAUAUGAAGAGCUGUCUGUAGAUCCUGAUAAAGUUGAUUGCCUGUCACUCCUGGGAUUCUCCGAACAGGAAGCUCGGCUUGCCCUGCGAGCAUGCCAUGGGAAUGUGGAGCAUGCUGCCAAUCUUAUCACCAACAGGAGAGAGGAAAAGGCACAGAUAAGGAGGGAGGAGAGAGCCAAAAGAAGGAAGCGACUGGAAGACAUCAAUACCUUGAAAAGUAUGGGAUAUUCGGAGAGAGCUGCUCAAAUAGCUCUUCAUAAUACACAAGGAAACCUAGACCAAGCCUUUAAGUUUAUUCUUGACAAUCCUGAGUUAUUGUUGGAAGACGAUGAUGAUGAUCCUGUGGCCAUGGACCGGUUUCAGGUUUCCCAGGAAAGUAUUGAUCAACUGAUGUACAUGGGUUUCAGCCGUGAGUCAGCAGAGCAAGCUUUAAAGGUCUUCAAAGGCAAUGUCCACUUAGCUUCCCAAACCCUUGCUCAUUAUGGGGGAGUUCUUCCUGCUUCACUGCAGCUUUCUCCAGAAGGGUCCAGUCCAUCGGAAGAAUCAACUUCUUCAAAAGACUCGUCUACAGAGUCUGCAGGUUCUUCUGGUUCACCAACAGAUGAAGAUAUGGAGAAUGAUGCAGUCAAUGAGAUCCUAGAGGAUAUUCCUGAACAUGAAGAGGAUUAUCUGGAUUUAACGCUGGAGGAAGAGAAACAGAUCAUCCAUGAAUACUUGUCCUAUAUACAAGUACCACAGCAAUAAAUCCCUUUAUAUUUACUUCAGUUAUAUGUAUUUACCUUGACAAAUUGAGUUUGGAUUAAAAAUGCACCUUCAGCUUAUCUCUUACUAAAUGCCUUGAAUUCAGUUAAACUAUAGGAGGAACACUAAAUUCUUGCUUAAUUUAUAAAUCCACUUAAAGCCUACAUUUGUGAUACAUUGUAAUUUAUUGUCAUAGCAGAAAAAUAGAAACAUUUAUUUUCAGAAGGAAAUUUAAUAGAACUAAACUAUAUUUUUAUCGUGAAAUAAGUUAAUUCACUUAGUAUUCAAGUAAAGAAGCAUUUCUAUACCACUUUAAAAUACCAGCUUUAAAGAAACAGAAGUGAGUUUGUAAACCAGAAACCCAGCUCAUGAGGUUACAGAGGUAUCAACUUUCCAACUGUUCUUUUCUUCUGAAAGAUUUCUAAGAGACAUUUAUGUAUCUGUUGUGCAUGGAUUGAUACUGUGUCUGCUUGUUACUUCCUGCAGGUGUUACACAGGUAAUAAAGGUAACUCUGUGCUGCU